AUGGCGGAUACUAUCAACCCGUUGGAUACCCUCCCAACCUCACCAUCCCCAGAGAUGUACACAGUUUCUCCCGCGGAUACAUCAUUAGACUCUCCGGAGCCUGAGGAUAUUAAGGAGGAAGAGGACGAGAAGAAGCCAACAAAGAAGAGAAAGUCUUGGGGACAAGAACUCCCAACCCCCAAAACAAACCUCCCUCCCAGAAAACGCGCCAAGACAGAUGAUGAAAAGGAGCAGCGUCGGAUAGAACGGGUCCUCCGGAACCGCGCUGCUGCUCAAACAUCACGCGAGCGCAAGCGCCUCGAAAUGGAGAAGCUCGAGACCGAAAAGAUCCGAAUGGAACAACAAAACCAGUUCCUGAUCCAGCGUCUAUCGCAGAUGGAGACAGAGAACAACCGCCUGAGCCAACAAGUGGCCAAGCUCUCCGCCGAGGUCCGCGGAUCUCGCAGCGUAACUCCAAAAGCCAGCUCUCCCGCAAUCGAAUCUCCUACCCUCACACCUACCCUCUUCAAACAAGAAGGCGACGAACUUCCCAUGGAGCGGAUUCCUUUCCCCACCCCCUCCGUUACCGACUAUUCCCCCACCCUCAAGCCUUCCACUCUGGCUGAGGCCUCCGACGUGACACAACAUCCUGCAGCGGUGUUGUGUGACCUGCAGUCUCCUCUUUCUGACGAUGACUUCCGCCGCCUAUUCCACGGUGAUUCACCCGCUGAGCCAAAUCCUUCUUUCCCUGAAGACGGGUUUGCCUUUGACGUUCUCGACGGAGGAGAUCUAUCAGCAUUUCCCUUUGAUUCUAUGGUUGAUUUCGACCCCGAGUCUGUCGUCCUCGAAGGCGUCCAACCGUCCGGUCUUUCGGAUGAGACUUCUCACCAGACUACUAGCUUGCAGCCCAGCCAUGGCGCGUCCACUUCGAGAUGCGACGGGCAGAGCAUUGCAGCUAGCGGUUAG